AAAUGAAGCUAAAGGAAAUUGAGCGAACAGCUGUCCAGGCAUGGAGUCCAGCAAACAACCACCCCAUUUAUCUAGCAACAGGAACAUCUGCCCAACAGCUGGAUGCAUCCUUCAGUACAAAUGCCACCUUGGAAAUAUUUGAGGUUGACUUCAGAGAUCCCUCCCUGGACAUGAAGCAGAAAGGAACACUUCCUGCCUCAAACAGGUUUCAUAAGCUGAUCUGGGGUAACUUUGGAAAUGGGUCCCUGGAGUCUUCUGGAGUGGUCAUUGGUGGAGGGGAUAAUGGUGUACUGACAAUGUACAGUGUGCACCGCAUCUUGGCUUCGAAGAGCGAGCCUGUAAUUGGGCAAACAGAGAAGCAUUCAGGUCCUGUUCGAGCUCUUGACUUCAACCCUUUCCAGACUAACCUUUUGGCUUCUGGAGCCAAUGAUUCUGAAAUUUUCAUCUGGGACUUGAAUAACUUCAGUGUGCCUAUGACUCCAGGGGCUAAAUCACAGCCCUAUGAAGACAUCAGUGUGGUGUCCUGGAAUCGGCAGGUGCAGCAUAUCCUGUCCUCCGCUCACCCCAGUGGCAAGGCUGUGGUUUGGGACCUCAGGAAGAAUGAGCCUAUCAUCAAAGUCAGCGACCACAGCAACAGAAUGCAUUGCUCAGGAAUGGCCUGGCAUCCGGAAGUUGCAACCCAGCUAGUCCUUUCCUCUGAGGAUGACCGCUUGCCAGUGAUCCAAAUAUGGGACUUACGUUUUGCUACCUCUCCUUUGAGCCAGCUGGAAGGGCACACGAGGGGAGUUCUCUCUGUCUCUUGGUGCCAGGCUGACCCUGAACUACUUUUGAGUAGUGCCAAAGACAACCGGAUCUUGUGCUGGAACCCAAGUAUGGGGGAGGUGGUUUACGAGUUGCCCAUUCGGAGUCAGUGGUGCUUUGAUGUCCAGUGGUGUCCUAGGAAUCCUUCAGUCUUCUCUGCUGCCACUUUUGAUGGGUGGAUCAGCAUUUAUUCUGUUAUGGGCGGGAACUUAGAAGCUCAGCAGAAGACACAGGCUGACAAGAUCUCUUCCUCCUUCAACAACCUGGAUCCCUUUGGCACGGGACAGAUCCUUCCUCCUCUGCAGGUGCCAGAGCAAGUAGCUCAGACCACCUUGAUUCCACCAUUAAAAAAGCCACCCAAGUGGAUUCGCAGACCUGUGGGGGUUUCAUUUGCCUUUGGAGGAAAACUUAUUUCCUUUGGUCUUGCCAAAGCUCCUGGACAGCAAAUGCAGCAGACUUAUUCACACCAGGUAUUCAUCAGUCAAGUCACUACUGAAACUGAAUUCUUGCUCCGAUCCAGAGAACUGCAAAUGGCUUUGCAGUCAGGGAACCUCCUUGAUUACUGCCAGGGCAAGAUCCAGACAGCCAAGUUGCCAUUUGAUAAGAACCUUUGGAACUUCUUAAAGGUGAAUCUGGAGCAGGAGUCCAGGACUAAACUCCUCAAGCUGCUGGGCUACAGUAAAGAAGAUCUGCAAAGAAAGAUCGCCUCAUGUUUGAGUAAAGGGAUCCCAGAUAAGCAGCCCUUUCCUGAGGCAGAUGAGACAAAUGCUGCACAGCCAGAUCAGCUUUUGAUAAAUUCCAGUGAUGAUGUAGCUGCUGUUUCCUCCUCCUCAGCCUUUUUUGACAACCUCAUCCCACAGAAUAUGGGCACAUUGGAGAUUCCUGUCACAGAAGAUACGGAUGGACUCAUCAGCCAAGCCCUUUUGUUGGGGAAUUUUGAGGGUGCAGUGGAGCUGUGCAUGCGAGCAGACCGCUUUGCUGAUGCCAUCAUCUUAGCUAUAGCUGGUGGAGAGAACCUCCUGAAGGAGACCCAGAAGCGCUACUUUGCCAAGCGUAAGACAAAACUCUCUCUGCUGCUUUCCUCCAUUGUGCAGCAGAACUGGCAAGAUAUUGUUUACACGUGUGAUCUACAGAGCUGGAAGGAGGCACUGGCCAUCUUGUUAACUUACUCAAAGCAUGAGGACUAUACCCAGCUCUGUGACAUGCUGGGUGCCCGCCUAGAGUCAGAAGGAGAUGCAGCCCUGUCCAGUGAUGCCUGCCUCUGUUAUAUCUCAUCAGGCAACGUGGAGAGGUUGGUGGAAUGCUGGGUAAAAACGCAUGAGACUUCAUCACCCCUUGCCCUGCAGGAUCUCAUAGAGAAGGUGAUGGUGCUGAGCAGGUCCAUUGAGAUGCUCCAAGGCACAGCAGGACAAGUGCCAGGCCCUGUCUUGGCAGAACAAAUCACCCAAUAUGCCAGUCUCCUGGCAUCACAAGGAUGCUUGGCAGCUGCAAUGAAUUACCUACCCAGCAGCUCUAAAGAGCUCCUGAUCGAACAGCUUAGAGACCGGCUUUUCCAUGCUCAAGGAGAGAAUGUGGGUGAUCAGCAGCCACCCCCUUUUCCCUACACUCGUGUCGAUGUAGGUGUCAUUAAACACAGUUCUUCAGCAGCCAAGGGUGGUUCCGCCCCUGAAGGAGCAGCCCACAAAACAGGUCCCAGACAUCCAGAGCAGGCCAGCACGGGUCCUCAAACAAGUGUGUAUUCCAGGGCACCCCCAUACCCACAGUACAACUUGGGCCUGGUUCCAGCAACCAUUUCGGGGCCGGCUGUGUCACAGUCUCAGUCAUUCGGACCGUCAGGAAUCAGACCUGUUGGUCCUGCUCCCUUCCCCAGCCAGCCUCCUCUGCCAGGACAGUCCAUGCCCAUGACAUCUGGUGUUCCACCACCCAGACCUGCCCUCUUCACUCCAGCCUCAGUCCCGUCAUCUCAGCUACCUGCAGCGUGUCCUCUCCCUGUGCCAAGCCAGUCUUCUGUAGGUUUCUCUUCAGCACCUUUCAACUGCCCCAUGAACAUGGGUUACCCUCAGGGAGGUCCUGGAGCUCCAUCUACUAAGCCCCUGCCAGCAGCCAGCAUUCCUCCUCCUCCCACAGGUUUCUUCCCUUGGCUAGAUCCCCACGUGGAUCAUGCAGCUCAGGAAUCUUGGCCUGAUCCCUCUGCUGUAAGAGGUGGCCUUCAAAAGAAAAAGUUGCCUGAGAAAUUUGCUCCUCCAGCCCCCAUCACAGCUCCAGUAAUGAGCCUGCCCGCUGAGCCCCAAGGGAUCCAUCCUCAGCUGUCCAGGUUGCAAGAAUCUGGCCAGUCACCUCCAGGAGCACCCAAGGAAGGCAGCCUGCAGUAUCACCAGCUGCCCGUGGAGAGGGUGGAGAAGAAGGACGUGCCCCCUGAGCACCGGGCUCUGAAGGCCACAUUUGAAGGGUUGGUGCAACGCUGCUCUGCUGUCGCCACUGAUCCAAAAACCCGAAGGAAGCUGGAGGAUGCAUUGCAGCGUCUGGAGUCUUUGUAUGAGAAGCUCCGCGAGCAGGCGCUCUCUCCAACCAUCCUCAUGGGUCUUCAUGAAAUUGCCCACUGCAUUGAGACUAGGAACUACCAACAGGGUCUCCUGGUUCACACCCAAGUGGUGAGCAGCAGUAGUUUCAGUGAGGUGUCUGGUUUCAUGCCUAUCCUGAAAGUCCUCAUGACUAUUGCUGGCAAGCUGAAUGUGUAAAGUGUGGAGCAGCUGGAACAGUGCACACUGAGAGCUGGUGGACUCCCUCACCCGUUGAUGUGCUGCAGGUUGCGGACUCUCCUUCUGGCUCUGGAGAAAUAAGUCUGUGCCAGUGCCUGAAACUGUGCUGGGUCAGCAUGCCUGGCCCCAUCUACUCUCCAGACAGCCCACUGGUGCCUGGGACUCCUGGAGACUGUUCUUUAUCUCUCUUCUUUCUUACUAGUCUGAGGCCGCUUCCCAGCCCAGGGAUCUCAAUUUCAGGCUGUCCAGGUUGCACAGAGAUCCUCCCUCUUCCCUGUAUCCCCAGCACAAAGGGGAAACUCCUUCCCACCCAGUCUGAUGUUGCUUUUUUGUUGUUGUUGUUAAGGAGAUAAACAGGGCUGGCAUGUGCA